AGCAAAAUGUAUGAGUAAAUUAAUUGCUAUGAACUUUCCGAGUAAAUUGCUAUGAACUUCACAAGACUUUUCUUCCUUGACUGCAGAACCCUAUCUCUCCUUUCUCUAAACCAAGGAUACCACUUGAGCUCUAACACAUCACGUAGAUACUUGAUAAAGCUUCAUAUCUCUCUCUAAUCAAACCAAACCAUGGCUGGUCAUGGAACCAUUCAGAGGCCAAGCACCAUGUCAACACCAACCACUCCGACCGACCCUGAGGACUCGACAGGAAAGAACCGCGACGAUUUCGAGCGACCCGAGUUCAGGCUUGUGUGCCCCUUCAGCAUCCCUUCAAGCACAGAAGCAGCUUCUCUCAGAAUUAUAAGAAAUUUAGGCCACUUUGCAUUGUAUUACACACAUUUUGUGUGGAUUGUGCUCUUCAUUGCCCUCAUCCCAGAACGCAAGGUCUCUUUGAUUUAUUUGGUCAUCAUGACAUAUGUGGCAUCACUUUACCUGUUAUUAUUACGUGCCCUUCCUCCAAAUUUUUAUUUGCUGGAUAAGAGUAUUGAUAAGAGUAUAGUGCUUGGCUUGAUAGCUGUUGCAACUAUGGUAGAGCUCAUAGUGACAGAAGCUGGCUUGCAUCUUGUUAUCACCUUGGCAGCCACAGUUCCUAUUGUUUUGAUUCAUGCUGUUUUGUGGGUUAGAGAGGAUUUCUGUGUUGAGGAGAGGACUGGUGGUGGUGGUGGUGGUGGUGGAGAAUUGGUUCCUCUCGUUGAUGUGUCCACGGCAAUGGUGUGAGUGAUGAGCGUAAUUUUCCUUUCAUUUUAUUUUUAUUAUUGCCAUCAAGUGUUUUGUCUCGAUACGGCUUAUCGUUAGCCAAGUGUAAUAAACGAGAUUAAUAAAGCAGGGAAGAUCCUUCUUGUGUGCC